GCUACCACGAUACAGGCAGUAGAUGAUAAUCCUGAACGGGAACAAAUGGCUCCUGUACUAAAAACUGGUCUUUGCUACAGUUGUAAUCUCUUGUAAUCUCCACACUUAGCAACAGCCCUGCGAACUGUAGGAGAGAGACUGGCUGAAUGUGGUGGAGCUGCCCCUACACUCGAAGAAUUGAGAUGGAUGCCAUCCGGACCCUUAACACCCUCCAGACCAAUGCCAAUUACCUGGAGCAGGUGAAGCGGGAGCGAGGAGACCCCCAGGUGCAGCUGGAGGCCAUGAAAGGCUUCUUGGAGCGAAGUGGGUUAAAGGUCGAAGACCUGGAUCAACUGAACAUUAUCCAUGUAACUGGGACAAAGGGCAAGGGCUCGACAUGUGCCUUCACGGAGCGCAUCCUCCGCAACUAUGGCCUGAAGACGGGCUUCUACAGCUCUCCCCACCUGGUCCAGGUGCGCGAGAGGAUCCGCAUCAACGGGCAGCCAAUCAGCAAGGAGCUCUUCAGCAAGUACUUUUGGCAGGUGUAUAACCGGCUGGAGGAGACCAAGGACCCCGGCCACGCCAGCAUGCCCGCCUACUUCCGCUUCCUCACCAUCAUGGCCUUCCACGUCUUCCUGCAGGAGAAGGUGGAUCUGGCUGUGGUGGAAGUUGGCAUUGGGGGUGCCUACGACUGCACCAACAUCAUCAGGAAGCCGAUCGUGUGCGGGGUCUCCUCUCUGGGGAUCGACCACACCAGCAUCCUGGGGGACACCAUUGAGAAAAUCGCCUGGCAGAAAGGGGGCAUCUUCAAGCCUGGUGUGCCGGCGUUCACAGUGCCACAGCCUGAGCGGCCCCUGGAGGUGCUGCGGGAGCGAGCCAGGGAGAGCCCGUGCCCGCUUUACCUGUGCCCUGACUUGGAGGCCUUCGAAGAGGACGAUAAGGGACUUCAGCUGGGGCUGGCGGGCGAGCACCAGCGAUCCAAUGCCACUCUAGCCCUGCAGCUCUCCCGGGCCUGGCUGCAGCAGCAGGGGUAUCAGGGUACUGGGGAGCUGAAGGACUUGCAGCCAGGCGCGGAGCUACUAGGCAAGAGACCUGUGCCCCUGGCACCUGCAUUCAGGCCCAGCGGCUCCAUGGUGCAGGGUUUACAGGACACGGAGUGGCUGGGCCGCACCCAGGUGCUGCAGCACGGGGCGGUGACGUGGUUCAUCGACGGGGCUCACACCACCAGCAGCGUGCAGGCCUGUGUGCGCUGGUUCCGCCAGGCAGCCCUCAACGAGGAGAAGCCUGUGGACGGCUCCGAGCUCCGGGUGCUUCUCUUCAACGCCACGGGGGACCGGGACAUGGGUGCGCUGCUCAAGCUGCUAGUGCCCUGCCGGUUUGACUACGCCGUCUUCUGCCCCAACUUCACGGAGGUGUCUGCAGUGGGGAACGCAGACCAACAGAACUUCAAUGUCACCCUGGAGAACAUGCUGACCCGCUGCCUGGAGAACCAGAAGAAGUGGAACCGGCUGAUGGAGGAGAAGGUGGGGCAGGACCUCUGGCUGUCUCCCCCCAUGCAGGUGGAGGGGGUGGGCGGUCUGCUGAAGCCAGACCCCUUGCGCGGCCCCCUGCUCUUCGUGCCCUCCUCUGAGCGCCCUCUCAACUCCAACUCGCUGGUGUUCCCCUGCAUCUCUCACGCCCUGCAGUGGAUCACCCAGGGCAGGGACCCGCACUUCCAGGCACCCGCCACCAAGGGGCUCCACCUGCACCCCGUGGCGGGCACCGGCGCUGUCUUGCUCAAGGAAGCGGCUGCCAUCCGCGUGCUGGUCACGGGAAGCCUGCACCUGGUGGGCGGUGUCUUGAAGCUGCUCGACCAAUCGCUCUCGCAGUAGCAGGUGCCUGUGGGCGGAGCCUCCGUGCCGCUCUUUGCUGUUUACUUGAAUAUUCCCAGGCACCUUUUACCAGGUGUUCCCUGAGCCUGCUGCCCCCCCGAGUGGGAUGCUUCCGGCUCAGGGGCUGGGCACUGCACUUGCUGCUGGGGUUCUCCUGCUGAGACCUUCGCGGCAGCUGGAUCCACCCCUAGGACUGGAAUUGGUACAGCCAGGGUCCACGCCCCGGCACCGGGAUCUCGUGCUGAGCCCCUCACGGCAGCGCCAGCCGCACCCUGGCACCAGGACUCUCCCGUUCAGCCUCACCCUCCUCCUCCUCCCCCCCUCCCCCCCCCCCCGGCAGCAGGAUCCUUUUGUCAGUGCCGGGAUUUGGUCACUGCCCUCAUGCUGGUGGGGUGAUGGGCACCUUCCCUGCAGGCCUGGGGGGCCUGGGGUGAGGACCCAGCAGCUGAUCUCAGCCCUCAGGGCAGCCCGAGGGGACUGGCUGCACCGUACAUUUACUUGAUGUUCCGUGGCGCUGCCCUUCCCGGGAGCUCACCGUCCCUGGCCUGGCCAAAUAGAGACAGGCGGGGGGCUCUUGCUUGGCCGGGGUGGAAUUCCUGGUCUCUGGGUCCCACGGGGGGGCUGAGGAGGGCAGUGUUCAUCUGCCAUGGUGAGGCCUUCCCCCGCCAGGCAUUCAGAGGGAGGCAUGAGCCUCACGGGCAGACACCCAACUGAGCAUCAGCCUCCCUUGGCUGGUGCGUUGCCUUUACUGGGAGCUGCCUCAGCCCCCCGCUGAACGAGUCCCGUCCCCCCCACCCUGGUGCCUUUAUCUCCUCCCUGGAUCUGUUCCAUUGAGCCACCAGAGCCAAGCGGUGCACGAUCCAGGGAUGGGUUUGAGUCUCGCUACUUCAGGCCCUUCUGGCUGCUCUGGGGCUGAAUGCAGCCAGGUCCUGUCACCGGCGUGUGGCAUCGGCUCCGGAAGCUCUGGCUGGGUGCUCCUCAGAGGCCGUUAGAGCUGGGGUGUGUCUGGCGCGGGGUCCGGUGGAACUGCCUGUGAUCGAAGGCCAGGGGUGCGGUGGGAGCCGCAGGAUGUGCUCACUCCCACCCAUUGGUGCUGCCGGGCCGGUUCACGCAGCCCGGGGGGUGAGAGCCAGGCACUGUAGCGCUGAGUCUCUCUCAGUGCCCCAAUGUGUGAGCUUCUCUCAGGCCAAUGCCGGGGCAGUGGGGCCCAUGGGCGCUAGUGCCAGUGUUGUGUAGGCAGGUCGGCCCUGAGCGCAGAGGGGCCUUAUGCAGGAAUUGUCCCUGUCCACCGCCCCUCCCCCUUCCGGUGCAGAGAUCUGUGCCCUGGGGCUGAAACUCCUGCCUCUCUCCAAUGCUGGGCAGUGGGACGUGAGGGCUCUGCAUGCCAUUUGCAAAGUGGGUAAUCCCCCUGACCCGCUCUGUUGGCGCCCAGGUGGGCUGGGCAGCAGGCCCGGGUCGCGCUCUGCUGGACAGUAACUAUGGCAGGGCAUAUGGGGCUGGGGGUCGGGAAGCCCUAGCAGCUGAGGAGCCGGGCUGCUUUCUGGUCCUUGGGCAGUCCUCGUUGGGUUUGGGCUGGCGGCUGGCCCGCUGCCUGGGUCGCUUUCAGAGUGACAGCUUCAUCUGGGCAAACACUGGGUGCUGGGAGUCGGCCUGAUCUCUCAGGCUGAGCUGCGAGGGCCCCUUGUUGAACAGGGACUUCAGGAAGCACCUGUCUGGAGGAGCCAAGUCCCUCUGGUGCAAGGGCUGUGGAAACUGGCUCCCAGCCCCAUGGCCGUGAGCCGCCUGGUGUCGUCACAGCUCAGCCAGCGUCUCUUGCUGUCCUCUGGGGGCACGCUCCAGGCCAGGCUGGGGCAAGCGUGUUCGCAGAGAUCGGUACUUGUGAGCAGGGCAGCUGUUAGGGGGUGUUUGGAGCGGGGGAGAUGCUCUUGCAAAGGUCUUGGUUGCACUGGGUGCACUACAUGGUCUGUCUGUGCUCCCUGGAGUGCCCAGACGCAUGGCACGGUCAGGAUGUGCCAGGCUCUGCUCACACUAGAGUACCCAGUUGUGCCAGCCCAGCCAUGUCCUGACCCAGUGAUUAACAGCCACCUGUCUGCUGUAUCCCUGUAUCCUGAUUUCUGUUGCCUGAGUGCGCGGGCAUUGGCUGGUCCCACUCUGGACAUAGGCCAGGCUGUGGGGUUGGGUUUUGAACCCCAUCCUCGAACGCAUGCAGUGCUGGGGUGCUUGGGCAGGCAGUGUGGGGUCUGUCCUCCCCCUCCCCCUUUACUGCCCCAGUGCCUGUUUCUGUGUAUGACCCGGCCGUGUCUCAGGACGUGUGUGCCUGAUGCCCUAACCCCU